AUGGCACUCGUCCGCAACCGCCGUCACCCCAACCUCCGCCUCCCCAUCCCCGAACCCUUAGAGCACCGUCCCUGUGUCAUCCUCCCCAUCCCCUCCACCACCUCCGAAACCUCCUCCGCCGUGGCCGUUGCCGACAGCGACCUAGAGAAGCUUGCCGUCCUCGGAAGCGGUUCCUCCGGCACCGUCUACAAGGUCCGCCACAAGAAGACCUACAAGAUCUACGCCCUCAAGGUCAUCCAUUAUGAAUCUGAAGCCGCCGCACGCCGCCGCAUCCUCGCCGAGAUAAACAUCCUCGCCGCCGCUGACUGCCCCUACAUUGUCCGGUACCAUGGCUCUUCCGAGCAACCCUCCGGCGAUAUCUCGAUCGUAAUGGAAUACAUGGACUCAGGCACGCUCGAAACCGCCCUCAAAUCCGACGGCGCAUUCUCCGAACGGCGACUCUCUGCCGUGGCACGUGACGUUCUCAACGGCAUGGCGUGUAUCCACGCGCGCAACGUGGCUCACCGUGAUUUAAAACCCGCAAAUCUUCUGGUGAAUUCAAACAACGAGAUCAAGAUUGCGGAUUUUGGAGUCAGCAAACACGUGUCAGCCUGCACCUGCAACACUUAUGUGGGCACGUGCGCGUACAUGAGUCCCGAACGGUUUAACCCGAAUGGUGAUGAGGGGAACUAUAACGGUUUUGCUGCUGAUAUAUGGAGCUUCGGUUUGACGCUGUUUGAACUCUAUGUGGGUCACUACCCUUUUCUUCAGCCGGGUCAGACACCCACCUGGACCAACCUCAUGUGCGCGAUUUGCUUUGGCGACCCGCCAUCCCUGCCGGAGACCGCAUCGCCGGAGUUUCGCAGCUUUAUGGAGUGUUGCCUCAAGAAAGAGUCCGGUGAAAGGUGGACGGCGGCUCAGCUCUUGACCCACCCAUUUGUGUAUAAAGAUCCGGAAACUUGUUAA